GUUUCCUUGCUGCAUGUGCACUGCCUUUGUGUCCUGAUUCGCUGUUUCUCCAGGAAUGUCGGUAUUUGCACGGAGAGUUUCAAGGACCUGCCUGUGGACAGAACGGCCCCUACGCACCUAAUGUCCUCUUCUGGUGCUGCAUCCUCUUCUUCUCCACCUUUGUCCUGGCGAGUUUACUGAAGAAGUUUAAAACCAGCCGUUACUUCCCAACCAGAGUACGGUCCACAGUAAGUGACUUUGCUGUUUUCCUCACCAUUGUCAUCAUGGUGCUCAUGGACUUCAUGGUUGGGAUCCCGUCGCCGAAGCUCCAUGUUCCCGAUGUAUUCAAGGUAACGAAAUGUUUUGGCCUGGAGCUGGUUUCACCCCAUGCUCCCAACCCUUGGUGGACGGUGUUGGCUGCGCUCAUCCCAGCUCUGCUCUGCACCAUCUUAAUAUUCAUGGACCAGCAGAUCAGUGCUGUUAUUGUGAACAGGAAGGAGCACAGGCUGAAGAAAGGAUGCGGGUACCACCUGGACCUUUUCAUGGUGGCCCUGAUGCUUGGGGGGUGCUCCCGGAAGCCCUGGUUUGUGGCUGCGACCAUCCUGUCCAUCACCCACGUGAACAGCCUCAAAGUAGAGUCUGACUGCUCAGCUCCAGGAGAACAACCCAAGUUUCUGGGGAUACGAGAGCAGAGAGUCACCGGCUUGAUGAUCUUUGUGCUCAUGGGCUGCUCCGUCUUCUUCACUGCUGUGUUAAAGUUCAUACCAAUGCCUGUGCUUUAUGGUGUCUUUCUCUACAUGGGUGUGUCGUCGCUCAGAGGCAUUCAGUUCUUUGAUCGCUUGAAGCUGUUUUGGAUGCCGGCAAAACACCAGCCGGAUUUCAUCUACCUGCGGCACGUCCCCUUGCGAAAGGUGCACCUCUUCACCGUGAUCCAGCUGAUCUGCCUCGUCCUGCUCUGGGUCAUUAAGGUGUCCCGCGCUGCCAUCAUCUUUCCCAUGAUGGUUUUGGCUCUCGUGUUUGUCCGGAAAGUGAUGGACUUCUGCUUCUCCAAGCGGGAGCUCAGCUUUCUGGAUGACCUUAUGCCAGAAAGCAAGAAGUUGAAGCUGGAUGAUGCCAAAAAUGAAGCCAAAGAAGAAGAGGAGUCCCAGAAGAUGAUGGAAGCUGCUGCUGCAAGUUCAGUUCAGCUAAAAGUGGGGAAGACCAGUAACUUGGCUAUCCCAAAGCAAAGCAGUGACAGGACUGAUCCUUCUGAGAUCAACAUCUCAAACGAAAUGUCAAAAACAACCGUAUGGAAGGCUCUUGCAGCGAACACAGAAACACGCUGA